AUGGGCCGCGGCCGCUUGAGCGAGCGCGGGUCCAUGUGGAGACUGCAGCCGGCCGGGAGCAGUGCGCUGCGCGGGGCCUGGGCGCGGAUCUCGGCGCAGGCCGGGACUGAGACCAUGGAGCGUGCGGUGGUACGCUGUGUGCCGUCUGAGCCCAAGCUCAGCCUGUCAUUCGCGCUGGCUGACGGCAGCCACAAGCACAUGCAACGCGACCAGAGCGAGCCACUCGGCCGGGCGCUAAGCCGUAUUGCCACUAACGCACUCAAGGGUCACGCUAAGGCGGCGGCUCGCAAGGGCCGCCGUGCCGCCGGGGCCGAACCUGCCGGGACCGCCGCCAGCCCGGCUGAGCCCGUGGUCAAGCUCUACUACCGCGAGGAGGCCGUGGGCGACGACGUGCUCAACGUGGACGCGUGGCAGGACGGCGCCGUGCUGCAAAUCGGGGACGUCAAAUACAAGGUGGAGCGCAACCCUCCCGCCGUCACUGAGCUGCAGCUGCCGCGCUACAUUAUGGCCGGCUUCCCCGUCUGUCCCAAGCUCGGCCUCGAGUUCGGAGAGCCGGCCAGCUCGGUCUUCCGCUGGUACCGUGAAGUGCGGCCCGGUGCCGCCGGGGGCGGGGUCGCAGCCGCGGGGGCGCCCAUUGCGCAUGCGUCCGGCGCGAACCCGGUCCCUGCCGCGCCUCCGCCCGAUGGGGAC